AUGCUCCUUUCCCCAAACAAGCCCUUCCAACCUGAACACACACCAGGAGCGGCGUCAUCAUCGUCUGCGAUCUCGUUCAGGUCGGACCAACCUCGUCGUCCUUCACAACCUGCUCGCCCUCUCCCCCCCUUCUCUCUGGUCCCUUCCUCCAGUUUUGUUCGUCCUCAGGACAUGCAGCGCACCGUCACAACUCAGCCCGGCACCGCUACUGCCGCCGACCCCAUCAUCCACUGGGACCAGUUUGAUGGCCGCCCCCUGGCCGGUUACGUCAAGACCGCUGCAGGAAGCAAGGCGUUGAGUACGCUCUCUGUAGUGGUCUCUGGUGUCUAUCCUAUCGGUUCGACCGACAAGGAAGCCGGCUUCUUCCCGGCGUACCGCGACUUCCAAGAGCUUGACGAGGCCGAAAACCCCCCCUUCUACGGGUCUACAGUCUCUCGUUCUCUCGUGCCAGCGCUCAAGGACAGCACAUACGUGCUUAAACACGUUCGCCGUGCCAAGGUAGCAGCAAGUUUGCCAUACAUUCCCUGUGUCCUCGUCGUCGACGGGAAGCCCUGGGUUGGAUCCGCGUUUGUGUACAGCGAGAAGAACGUACCGGCAAUUGUGCGCAAUGCCAAGGCCAACUACCGCCUGGAGGCCAACACCUCCUUUGCCCACCGCUCUGUCUCUCGUCUUGUCGUGGCCGACCCCAGCCCAUUCGCCCUUCUCAAUGUCUGCCCCGCCCCAGACUCUGUCUCGGGUAUGGACGCCAUCAAGUACGCCACCUCGGCCCAACGUUAUCACUCUCUCGGCAUUGACCUCCUCGUCGAUUUAUUACAAUGCCAGACAGGGUGGUCCAGACCGGUCGCGUGUUAUGGUCUGGGAAUGGAGCAGAAUGACGAAGAGAAGCAGAAGGAUGACGACCCAUUGCAAGCAGAGGUGUUCAACAUCCGCAGCCCACCCGUUCUGUUCCCUCCUCUGAAGCGUGCCCGACCAGCCGCCCAUGACCAGGAGGAUAUCGAGCUGGAGGACGAGGACGAGGACCCGCUGCCCGUCGACCCAGACGCGCAGUCGCAGAUCAACGUGGCCGACAUCCGCCAGCGUAUGCUUGCCGGUGAUUGUCCCUGGACCGGUCAGCCGCGCUCGGAGCGCUAUCUUUCGGAGAUUGACAAGAGCCUCUCUCUCCCACUGUGGUCCAAGGUCGACAAGUUUGCUGCAGCACGCACCAACGUCGUCGUCGUCGACUCUGGCACCGGCUCGGGCAAGUCGACCCAACUGCCUCUUCUCCUGCUUCAUGCGCUGCACGCGUCUGGCAUGUCGACCGCCAAGAUUGCAAUGACCCAGCCGCGGCGCAUUGCAGCCACCGAGGUGGCCAAGAGGACGGGAACGCUGCUUGACAGCCCGCUCGGCAGUGGCGAACUUGUUAGCCUCAUGAUGCGUGGCAAGAAGGUCAACGUGAAUGCACCACUUGUGCUCAUGGCCGACGGCCUCCUCCUCCAGUUGCUCAAGACCAACCCCAACCUGGAAGGCUACGACGUUGUCAUUGUCGACGAGGUGCACGAGCAGAGCCCGAACCUCUGCAUCCUUCUCGGCCACCUCCAUCGAGUUCUUGGUAUGCGGCCCGACCUCAAAGUCGUCCUCAUGUCGGCCACUGGACGCAACGACGUGUUCAUGGCGCACUUCGCCGGCUUCUCGCCCGAGCUCGUGGACCUGCCCGCCCAAAAGAAGUCGAUCUCGGAGCACUACCUCCAGUGCGACGCCGUCGACUGGGUUGAUACCGCAGCCCAGGUCGUUUGUCACAUCCUGCACGACGGCGAUCUUCUGGCGAGCAUCGACAGCACCGAUGGCGACAUUCUCGUCUUCUGUGCGACAGAGGCGCACAUCCAUCAGCUGUUCGACACGCUCAACGACCACUUGGAUGUCGCCAUGCUCAACGUCAACCUGCACAAGCUGUAUCGUGCGCAAGAUAUGGCUGAGCAGGAGCGUGUCAUGGCCGACGAGUAUGUCGACCCGGUUGAUGGCAAGGUGACGACCGAGCCCACGGCGACCAAUGUGCGGAGGCGUAAGGUCAUCAUCUCGACCAAUGUGGCCGAGACAAGCCUCACGUUCCCCCACCUCGACUUCGUGGUGGACUGUGGUGAGCACAACGUCUCUCGCUACUUGGCGGAGGAUGGAUCGGUGGAGAUGCUGCGUGUGCCAUGCAGCAAGUCGAGCAUGACCCAGCGCAAGGGCCGCGUCGGUCGCAUGCGUCCCGGAUACUACAUUGGCUUGUUCACCGAGGUCUACUGCAACGUCAAUAUCCCAGACCACGACGAGGAGGCCCCCAUCACCAUGUGCGAUCUGAGCCCGAUCCUGCUCAACUUCCUCAACACCCUGCCCGGUGGCCUUGUCCGCGACUUCCGGUCCUUGAUGUACCGUGCUGCCGCCUGUCUCGACGUUCUCGGCUUCGUCAAGGAUGGACCAAACGGCAUCGCCCUCACCGAAGACGGCAAGCUCGCGGCGGAACUAGGCCUCAGCCCUCCAUUGGCGAGGAUGUUCCUCGACGCCGCCACGUCCGACUACCCGCACGCCGUACUCGUCCUCAUCGCAGUCAUCGAGAGGAACGAGCUCAUCCGACCCGUCGUUGCCGAGGCCAAGGCGCUCCUGUCGCACCCAGCCAGUGAUCACCUCACUGAGCUGAACCUCUGGAACAUGUGGGACGAGUACCGCCGGCGACGUCUCGAUCACGCUUUUGCCUACAAGGCCUCCAUCCACUGGGAGGCUUGUAAGAGCAUCCAGCUCCGCGUGGCCGAGCUGCUCGACCUUUGGAAGCGUGUCCUCAAGACCGAGCCUCCUUCGCCCUGUGCUCCCCGAGACGGCUGGACCACUGCCAUGACCAAGGCCCUGUUUCAAGGAUACCGAGGCAACCUGGCCGUCCAGGUCAACGUCGGCACUGUCCACCGGCCAGCCUUCGUUUACCGAAAUGUGAACGAGGCCAUCAACUCGGGCGCUGAGGGUCUCGACCUGCACCUCGGCCACACGUGCGUGCUCAAGCCCAUGUUGCCUAAGUACCUCGUUUACUCCUCGCUGUCAUACCGCCCGGGCGAACGCAAGACGUACAUCGAAAACGCCACUGUCACCGAUGCAAGCGUGGCCGGGUGGUGCAUCGGUACUGGCAUGACCCCGAUCCCGCAAGCACGCCAACAUGACCCCGAUCCCGCAAGUACGCCAACCGGUGCCAGCACGUGA